AUGUCGUUCUUUAACUCCAACUCGAUGGAUAAAUUGGGCUCUAGGUUAGCCUCAAUUGUCUCAACUGCUUCGGAGAAAGUUAAAGAAGCGGCUGAGCGCACUCUUACGAAGGAGACCCCUUUAGAGCGAAACCUCAGAGAAGCCGUCAGCGAUAAAAAUUGGGGUUGCCCUACUUCUGUUCUUUCAGAGAUAGCGAGGGCCUCUCAUAACUUCUUAGACUUCCCCCUCAUCUCCCGCACCAUGUGGGCCGCCAUUUCGGAAGCCCCGAAGCGCUGGCGCAAAAUCUUUAAGGGGCUAACGAUGUUGGAGUAUAUGCUGAAGAACGGCCCCGAAAGAUUCGCAGAGGAAGCACGAGACAGAACUUAUCUCCUCAAGUCGCUGCAGAGCUUUAACUGGUCGGAGGAAGGAAGAGACAAAGGCGCUGGCAUUCGAGAGAAGGCUGGUAUCUGCACAACUUUGGUAUUUGACGCUGAGGAGCUGAAAGCCGCUCGAGAGACAGCAGCAAAAAACAGAGACAAGUACAUUGGCAUCUCCUCGGCGUCGUCUGUGGGGCCCCGCAGCAGCAGCAGCAGCAGCAGCAGCAGGGGACAGGCAGCAGCGGCAGUGGGAUUUGGCAGCAGCGCGAAACCCUCUUCACAAAGUGAUGCGAGCAGAGGCGACUCAGGCAUGCCGUCGUCGGUUUCCUCUCGCUCGAUGUCAGUGAAAGAAAAGAAAGGGGCCCCUGCGACAAAGGGAGGCCCCACGAAGAGCGACAGCAGCAGCUCCACUGCGAGCGCAAAAUCCUCUCGGCAAAAGGCUCCGGUACAGCAGGCGGAUUUGCUAGGAUUUGACAGCCCACCGCUAGGACUGCAGGGGGCGCCUUCUGUUCCUUCUCCCUUCGCUUCAGGGACGAGCGUCUGGGCAGACCCUGGCGUCGCCUCACAGGGCGCUGAGGGAGCCAGCAGCAGCAGCAGCAGCAGCAGCUUGGCUGGUUUCUUGCUUCCUCCACCCCCAGGGUCGAACGCCGCCGCAGGCAGCAGCAGCAACGGCGCAGGGAAAAUAGCUGCAGCAGACGCUGCAGGCAGCAGCAGCAGCAGCGGCGGCGCCGCAGGGGGCAGCGAUGAUUUGUUUGGGGGAUUUCAAGCAGCUACUCCGAACCCCACGGCUGCAGCACCAGGGACGCUAGCAGGAAGCAGCACCAGUCUGGACGCUGUCGCAGCGGCCUUUGCUGCUCCUGCAGCACCAGCUGCUGCUGCACCCGAAUGGGCCAACGGAGUUGGCGGUGGUUUUGAGUCGUCUUCUUCCUUAGGGAACUUUAGCGGGUUCCAGACAGCGUCGGCGGGCACCAACGACCCUGGAAGUGGGGCGCAGGGCGCUGCUGCAGCACCGCAGCUGGAACAGUGGCAGCAGCCAUUCACCAUGGGCAGCAACAGCAGCAGCGGCAGCAGCAGCAAUAGCAGCAGCGGCAACGCCAACACUCUCGGGUUUACUCAGCCAUUCACCCUGGGCGGCAGUAAUCCCAGCGGCAAUAGCAGCAGCAGCAGCAACAGCAACAUGAAGAUCCCCCAGCCGUUCAGUAUGAGCGGCAACAGCGGCGCAAAUUCACAACCGUUUUCCCUGGGUAGCAGCAGCAGCAGUGGCAUGCGUCCCUCCUCUAUGGGCGCAGGGGCGGCAGCGCCGCAGCCGUUCUCCUUGGGUGGAAGCUCAGCGCAGCCCUGGCAGCAGCAGCAGCAGCAGCAGCAGGCUGCUUCGAGCUUCACCUCAGGACAUCCCGGCCUAUUCUAG